AGACGUCAACAUGACGUUGUAUACAAAGAAGAAAGACGUGGAACGCUAUGUCAAGGAACUGUUGUCGAAAGUGAAGACCGAUGAUGAGCGCAAGCUCAAGGGGUUCACGAUCGCGCGCAUGUUUCACCAAGUGGGUGACCAGCGGACGGCUCGCCAGUACCUCAGCUGGUACCUGGAGGCGCGCCCGGGCGCCGCGCCGGCCCACAAGCUGCUGGGCCAGGUGCUGGCGGCCAGCGGCGAGCCGGCGGCGGCGCUCUCCGAGUUCGGCCUCUCGCUGGAGCUGGACCCCCACCAGAAGGACCUGGUCAUGACCGGCUGUAAGCUGCUGCUAGAGCUACCGGCCAGCACACCGAACGCCAACCGGUGGCUCGAGCACGCCACCAAGUACUUCAAGAGCGACCCGAUCGUGCUGAAACUGCGCCAACAUCUGCGCGACGCGGGUGGAGGGCAGGGCGUCAGCGGAGAGGACGUGGACAAACUGCUGGCCGCGGAGCUGGCUGCCGAGCCGACCGACCCGGAGCGGCACGUGCGGCUGGCAGAGCGGCUGGCCGUGUCGGCCGGCCAGGCAGAGGCGGCGCGCUACGUGCGCAGAGUGGAGGAGCGCCGGCCGUUCCCGCGCUCCGCCGUCUGGUACCAGUGCGUGGCCGCCAUCUGCCAGAAGUACCAAAGCUCUGUGAGCGCCCCGGACCGGCAGUACCAGCUGCUGCGGCUCGAGGCGCUGGACAGAGUCGUGGCCCUGGCGCUGGAGGAGCGCCGGCCCAUCUCUGAGAUCACCACCGAUCUGUACAGGCUGGACCAGCAGCUGCUGCAGGUCUCGCGCGAACUGGAGUCCGCCGGUGAACCGGAACAGGCGCGUCUGGAGUCGGCAGCGCUGCUCAACCACAUCACCGGACAGCUGUUCUUCCACAUGGGCUCUGUGCUGCUGCUCGGCGCCGCGCAGGGAGUGGGAGAGGCUGGCGGGGACGGCUCCCGCGAGGUCAGUGACAUGGCGCUGGCCCUGUUCCUGGCCGCACAGGCCUACGCGCCGCUGGACACCGUCUCUAAGCUGUACCAGUGCAGCUCCCGGCAGGCGGUGCUGGACGUGUGGCGUCGUCAGGCCGGCGCUCGCCAGGUGGAGGUCGGAUGGUCAGUGCUGGCUGCCGAGACCAACAGCCGACCGGACCACGUGCUGAGAGUACAGCAGCAGUUCUGCACGCAGAAGGGGCGCAGUCGGAUCCACUCCCGUCUGUUCCGCUCUGCCAGUGUGUCGGGACUGGGCCGCGCCGACACCUCGGCCUUCCUCACACUGCCGGCCUUCCUGGAGACGAACCCGGUGGCGCCGCGGCCGGCCGACCUGCUGCCGCUGGCGCCGCUCUACUGGCAGGAGCACGCCGGGCGGCUGCAGCAGAUUGUCUGGCUGCGGCUGCGCGCUCCGUCCGCCGGCUACCAGCCGCCGGGUAGUACCCUGCCGCUGCAGGCGCGCGGUGCGGCGCCCAACGCCACCGCCGCGCCCGAGACCCUCUGUCUGCUGGACGUGCUCUGCUUCCUGGAGGCGACCGUGUACGUGACGUCGCAGCUGCGCGCGGCGGCCGGCCGGCGCGGGGCUGAUGACGCGCUGCCGCCGGCCGUGGCCGGCCGGCUCUGCUCGGAGGAGCAGGCCGAGUGGUGGGCGGCCGUCCACCGGCUGCAGGGCGAGCCGGCCGGCGCGGCGCCCGUCCAGGAGCUGGCCGCCCUCCGGCGCCAGCUGCAGCGCGGCCUGGAGGCCGUCCGCUGUCUGCCCGGCCACGGCAACUCGGUCCGCCUGGUGAUGCACCUGGCUCACUGGGCUCUGCAGCAGGCUGUGUCGGGUCCCCUCGACCAGGCGGCUGCGUAUGAGGCGCGUGCCGAGCUGUACCUGCGCGCGGCGCUGCCGCUACUGGAGCGUCUGCAGCGCGGCGGCGCCGACCGGCCGCCCAAGCAGCGCCUGUUUGACUGCAGCGAGCCGGAGCCGGAGCCGGACGGUGCGGCGCUACUGAGGGACGAGGCGUGCCGCCUGCUCGCCGGCGUGCUGCAGCGCCGCGGCCUGCUGCAGGAGGCGCUGCCGCUGGUGGCCGACCUGCCCUCCGCCGACGCCGCCUACCAACAGGGACUGAUUCUACACCAGCUGGCGCUGCGUCCGGAGGUCGAGGACUCGUCAGAGCUCUUGCGACGCUCCCUAGAGUCCUUCUACCUGACACUGGACAGACUGCGAGACCCAGUGGGCAGCGGCUCGGCACUGCCGUCCAGGGAGGACCUGGCCUCUCAGAUACGGGAGGUGGAGCAUCUGAUAGCCGAGCAGACGGCCGCAUCCACACACGUGAACGGCUCGUGCAGCGCGAACGUCACGCUGGACCGGUCGGUGACGGCCUCGCGGUGGCUGGGGCUCGCCGCCGGCGGCUCGGUCACCUCCACCCCGCGCCGGCCGGCCACCUCCGGGGCGCUCAACAACUCCGGGGCGGCCGCCUCGCCGCUCAAUCUCUCCGCCAGCUUCGGACAGGAGGCACGUCCCUCGAUGGAGCGUCUGUGCGCCGAGCUGCAGGGUCUCAAGGUGGCCGUCCGGAGUCUGACGGACCAGCAGCGGCAGCAGUCGCCGCCGGCGCCGGCGGCCGGCCGGGACACAUGGCCGCAGCGCUCCCGGGAGCUGCGGGACGCCGUGCUGGCGGAUGUGCGCGGCGCGCUGGGCGAGGAGCUGCCGCAGCUGCGCCGGGAGCUGCAGGAGCUGAGGCUGGAGGUGGCGGAGAUGCGGAAGCAGAAGCAGCAGGAGGCGCAGGCGCCGCCGCCGCAGCCGCAGCAGCCCGCCAUGCCGCCCGAGCUGUUCGGCUUCAUGGCCGCUCUGACCAGCAUGCAGCGAGGUAUGCCGCCGAUGAUGCCCAUGGGCCUGGCGCCUCCGCCGCCGGCCAUGGCCUACCCGGCCUCUGCCUACCAGGGCAUGUCUCUGCAGGACACCAGUCUCACUGACCCGCUGGCCCCCUCUGCGGCGCUGGGCGGCCAGCUGCCCGGCCAGGCCGGCCUGGCCGGUCCUCCGCAGCCGCCGGCGCCGGCCGCCGCCGUGCCGCCCGCCUUCUCGUUCCGUCCGACGGACGGUGCCGCCGCCAGUCCGGCCCCGUCGGCACCGCCCGUCGAGCCGGACACGCCGAGCUUCUCGUUCCGGCCGCCGACUGCCGAGGGCGCCACCAGCACACCGGCCAAGCCGUCUGCUCCUGCUAAUGUGACCGUGUCUAGCCGGGAGCCGCUGCCAGCGGCCGUCUGCGCCGCUCCGACCGCGCCACCCUCCGUCAUCGUGCCGCCGGAGCACAUCAAACCGCAGGUGGUGACACCUCAGAGGCCGACCAUGGGCCUGGCGGCAGCGGCGGCGGCGGCAGCGACCGCGGACAAGUCACCGCACCAGUUCCAGAUCAGACUGCCCUCCAGCGCGCAGCUGAACGUGACAUCUCCACUGGGCGACUCCGACAAGCCGGCCUACACGACCGUCAGCACGCUGCCCAACAUCCCGGCGCCGCAGUUUAGUGCCGUCUCGCCGCUCCAGAACCAGAGCCGCUCGCCGGGCCGUGAUCGGCUCGACUCCACCGGCUCGUUCCACGAGGACCCCGACUACGAGCCGAUGGCCGACUUCAAGCCGGUUGUGGCUCUGCCUGAGGAGGUAGAAGUGCGCACCGGAGAGGAGGGCGACAUGCCGCUGUUCGCCGCUCGCUGCAAGCUGUUCCGCUUCACCGAGGGAGAGUGGAAGGAGCGCGGUAUCGGAGAGCUGCGCGUGCUUCACCGGGAGGACGACGGACGCGUCCGCGUGGUGAUGCGUCGCGAUCAGACCCACAAGGUGUGCGCCAACCACUUCCUGCAGCCGGGGAUGGAGCUCAACAGUAUGAAGAACCAGCCGCGGGCCGUCAUAUGGGCCGCCAAAGACUUCGCAGAUGAAGAACUAAAGGACGAGCGUCUGUGCGCCCGCUUCAAAACGGAGGAGGAGGUGGAAAAGUUCCGCGCCGCCUUCCGGAAGGGCUUGGAGCUCAUCAAGGCGGCCACUGGCAAGAGUACUGCGUCCAAGUCGCCUGUCAAAACUCCGGCGGCUGCGACCCCUGCUAAGACCCCGUUCGGCCCCGCCAAGACGCCGUCGUCCGCGUCGUCGCUGCCGGCCGCCAUCCCGUCGGUGGUGAGCGCAGGCGCCGACGAUAACGCUGAGGAAGACGAUGACGAUGACGACUGGUACGAGACCGACGACGAGGAGACCACUUCUGAUGAGGAGGAGGACGAGGAACCGCUCCGGAUCGCCUGUAAACCAGAGUUCAACUUCGCUGGUGGCACCAAGUCCAACAGCGCCUUCUCGUUUGGGUUCGGCGGUGGAGCUCCGGCGGCGACCACCGCGCCCACCGCGCCCUCGACUGGGUUCCGGUUCGGUGACAAGGCUCCGGCGACGACGGCCUCGACCACAUUCGGAUUUGGGUUCGGUAAAACCACGCCGGCAACGGGGGCGAGCUCCAGCACGGACGGCGGUUUUAAGUUCGGCCAGGCGCCGUCGGCCUCAACUCCCAGCACCACGGCUGGCGCCGCUGCUGCCGCUGCCACUGGCUUCAAGUUUGGAUUGAGCACUGCCACACCGUCGACCCCGAGUACAGCGGCCAGCUCGGCGGCCACUCCGGCCACCACCACCGGGUUCAGGUUCGGACAGGGCCUGACAUCCGUCUCCUUCACGACCCCUGCCGCCUCCACGCCGGCCGCCAAGACCAGUCUGGGCGGAUUUAGCUUCACUACCACCCCCAACAUCAAGAAGUGCGAGCCGGCGCCUGCAGCAGCCACCACCACUCAGUCCGAGGCCAAACCCAGUCCGUUCGCCGGCUUCUCGUUUGGCUCGAUCGGCCAGGGGAGCACGGGUGCCCUCAGCUUCGCCGCUGCGGCCGACAGCGGGCCCGGAUUCAAGAAGGAUGACUCGUUCAAAGGUUUCGCCGGCUCCGGAGCGCCCGUGUUCGGCGGCUCGCCGGCCAAGGGAGCCGACGGCGAGGACGCCGACACCACGGCCGAGGAAUACGAGCCCAGUGUGCACUUUGAGCCCGUGGUGCCGCUGCCCGAACUGGUCGACACCAAAACCGGUGAGGAGUCGGAGGAGAAGCUGUUCGGCCACCGCGCCAAGCUGUAUCGGAUGGACACGGCCACCAAGGAAUGGAAGGAGCGAGGUAUCGGCGAAAUCAAGAUCCUGAAGAACGCCGACACGGGCAAAUGCCGCGUGCUCAUGCGUCGUGAACAGGUGCUGAAGCUGUGCGCCAACCACGUGAUCCGUCCGGAGAUGUCUCUGGCGCCGCUGCAGAGCUCCCAGUCGGCCUGGGUGUGGUCGGCCAACGACUUCUCAGAGGGCGAGGCCAGCCAGGAGACGCUGGCCGUCAAGUUCAAGACGCCGGAGCUGGCUCAGCAGUUCAAGGAGGUGUUCGAGUCCUGUCAGAAGGCCGCCGCGGCCACCCCAGUCAAGCCGUCCGCUCCCAAAGCGGCUGAGGCGGCCAGCUCUGGCCCGGCCCCGUCGGCACCCCCGGCCGCUGCCUUUGGAUCGACUGCUGCCGGCGCCGCGGCCACCCCGACCAAUGGCGCCGCCGCGGGCACGCCGUCCCGCGGCUCGUUCGUGUUCGGCUCCGGCACCGGCCCGGCCACCGGCGGCCAGUUCCACUUCAGCGGCGUCAAGCCCAAGUCGCCCGUCAAGCCGUCCCGCUCGCGCGACGCCUCGCUGAACGAGUCGGCCGGAGGAGACGAUAACGAGUACUACGAGGGUGACGAGGGCGAGCAUCUGCUGUUCGAGCCCGUCAUCCCGCUGCCGGAUAAGGUGGAGGUGAAGACUGGCGAGGAGGACGAGGAGGUGCUCUACUCUCACCGCGCCAAGCUCUACCGCUUCGCCAAGGAGACGGGCGAGUGGAAGGAGCGUGGACUAGGAGACAUCAAACUGCUUGAGCACCGGCAGACACACAAGAUCAGGCUGCUGAUGCGACGGGAGCAAGUGCUGAAGAUCUGUAUGAAUCACCGGGUGACGCCCCAGCUGGAGAUGAAGCUCAAGGACGACCGCUCGGUGGUCUGGGCGGCCACCGAUUACGCCGAGCCCGAGCCGCACGACGAGAUGUUCGUGGCCCGCUUCAAGACGGCGGAGGUGGCGGCAGAGUUUGUCGCCGCCGUCCAAAAGGCUCAGGGCCGCACUGUCGCCUCUCCGGCCAAGUCUGCCCCGGCGCCGGCCGCCGCUCCGUCCGCCCCGUCACCGGCCACCCCUCAGGCCGCGCCGGCCACCUCCAAACCGAGCGCCCCGGUCGCCCAGUCACCCAGCAUAUUCGGCGGCGGCGCCGGCGCCUCGCCCGGCUCCGGGUUCUCGUUCGGUAACAGGUUCGGCGGUACACCGGCUACCCAGAGCACGGCUACGGACGGCCCCAGCACCAGCUUCACGUUCCGACUGCCGGCCACCGCCAGCGCCACAUCGGCGACAGCAGACUCGGACUCGGACGAGGUGACUGUGGUGGGCGAAGUGCAGCCGACGGAGGAGCAGCGUGCCGCCGCCGCCCGGCUCCAGCUGCCGGCCGGGUUCUACCUGUACGAGCAGCGGCCGCCGUGCCGCGGAUGCCGCGGCUGCUGGGACCAGAUGCCCGGAGAGGCAAGGGGCGAGUACACCACGGAUGAGGGGCCUGUCAGCUCGACCCCUAGCUCUGGCGCCGCGGUCUCCAGUACCACCACCUCCAGCGCCGCGGCCUCUGCCCCUGCCGCCGGCGCCGGAGCCGCCACCCCCAACAGCUCCUUCAAUUUCAAGGCGGCCUCGUUCGCGUUCGGCGGCGACCAGAGUAAGGUCGGCGAGGCGACUCCCAAGGCGACGUUUGGGUUCGGCGCUUCGUCCGCAGCCUCAACGCCGUUCAAAUUCUCACUCGGCGGAGACGCCAACAAGUCUGGAUCGUCGAUCUUUGGAGGAGCUGCGGCAGCGGACACAAAGACCACGUCGAUCUUCGGAGGGUCAUCAGAGAACAAGACUACGUCGAUCUUCGGAGGAGCGUCGACAUCAGAUAACAAGACCACGUCGAUCUUUGGAGGAGCGUCAUCUGAAACCAAACCCGCCUCCAUCUUCGGAGGAACACCAUCCUCCGAGACCAAGACCACCUCCAUCUUCGGCACACCAUCGGUGUUCGGAGGCAAGGGAACCGACAAACCUGUGUCCCUCUUCGGGGGCGCGACCACAGGCGACAACUCUAAAGAAGGCCAGACAUUCGGCGGCUCUGGGACUGACUCCAAGCCGAGCUCUCUGUUCGGCGGUUCGGCCUCCGGCGCUCAGCCGUCUCCGUUCGGCUCGGGCUCCUCAGUGUUCGGCAGCUCCGGGUGGCCCUCGUUCGGCAGUGCCGCGGCCAAACCGGCCUCCGGCGAGAGUGACGCCGCGGCCAAACCGACCACCACGGCCGCCGACACACAGCCGAGCUCCACGUUCGGCCUGGGCCUGCAGAGCAGCGGUCCGAUUGUCGACUUUGCCGCGAUGGCCGCCAAGGCCGGCCAGCCGGUCGGCGCUAAAGCCGACCCGUCGUUCCAGUUCUCCGGCGCCGGUGCUGCCGUGUUCGGCGGAGGAGCGGCGGCCAAGGGCGGCGCCGACGGCGGCGGCUCGGAUGGAGAGGAGGGCGCCGGUGCCGACGACUCGGCGCACGACCCGCACUUUGAGCCGAUCGUGCCGCUGCCGGAGCUGGUGGACGUCAAGACUGGCGAGGAGGAUGAGAAACAGCUGUUUUGCCACCGGGCCAUCCUGUACCGGUUCAACAAGGACACCUCUGAAUGGAAGGAGCGCGGCCGCGGCGACUUCAAGCUGCUGCACAACUCCAGCUCGGGGUCGUACCGGGUGCUGCUGCGUCGCGAACAGGUACACAAGCUGGCGUGCAACCACCGUGUGCUGCCCGACAUGGUGCUCACCCGACUGGGCAGCAGCGACCGCGCCUGGGUCUGGUCGGCCAUGGACUACGCUGACGAGGAGCCCAAGGCGGAGACGUUCGCCGUCAAAUUCAAGACCGAGGCGCUGGCCAACGAGUUCAAGGCGGCGUUCGAGGCGGCCGUGCAGAAGCUGGCCGAGGCUCCCGCGGCCGAGGAGGCGCCUGGAGGGGCCGAGGAGCCGGAGGGGGCCGAGGAGGGAGAGGGGGAGGACGAGGACGGCGAGUACGAGGACGACGACAGCCCCAUGUUCGAGAGACACGCCACGCUGCACGUCAACACAGGAGACGUGUGGAAGCGUCUCGGCUCUGGAGAACUGCAGGUGGUAUACGACGAGGACGUGUAUUGCGUCCGAGUCAUGAUGAUUAAUGAGGACACGGAGAACCCACUUUGCGAUGUGCUCAUCACCAUGCAGCACAACUACCUGCUGGAGGGCAGCACGGUCAGUUGGACGGCGCUCGACUACGCGCUGGACCCGCCGAUGCGCCGCACUCUGCGCGCCUCACUCGACUCGGAGGAGGCAGCCGAGGAGCUGGCGCGUGUCAUGAACGAGGGAGUGGAGAUCGCGGCCGGCUCCGGUAUCGGAGACACGGAGGAGGCGACCGGCGCCGCCGGCAGCGGAGCUCCUGUUGGUGACUUGGCGUCGCUGGUAGGCGACCAGCCACCGCAGCAGCUGCUGGGCGCCUGCGACCCGGCGCUGGCCCGGGCGCUGGCCGAGCUGCUGGCAGAGUCGGCCUCCGCCCCGCCGCCGCCGCCGCCAGCAGACGAGGAGUAGCCACAUCUACCGAGUGCCGCACGCGUGUUCGCUUCACCGCUGGAUGCUCGUUUCUUCUGCUGGCCACCGGCGUGAUCUUUCUACCCGAUGUUUUACCCGACAGGCGGAAAGGAACGGAGAAAAUGGUAUUACGGGGUGGUACCGUGCACGUUUUGAGGUUGUUUUUGUCACUACAUGUGCCUGGAUCGGCUUUCUUCAUUGAUGAUUAAUAAAUGUGUUGCUGGAACGGU